AUGAGACAAAGAAUGUUGGCAAUUGACAAAGAGAGCUUAACAAUAUGGAUCACAAUCACAUCUUUCCAAUUAUCCCGACCACACUCAUCCUGCUUCUUGCAUUCCAUACAAGCUCAUGUCGUUGACCCAAAGCUGUCGCGAGCUUCGGAACAAGCUCUCGCAAGCUACAAGGUACCUCCGUGGUUUUCCCGGCAUCUGCGACAAACUUCCAGCCUCGAGCAACUUCAAGCUCCUUCGUUAACCUUCUUUAUAUCUGAGCUCUGGGAGAUUCAACGGCUUUCUUGCACCCUCGUCUGGGCCGCCUUUUCGCCCGCCAUGGCUUCUCCAGAGCUGGCCAUCACCAAGGCGACGCUGUCAGCGACUCUCUUUCGCGCCGAUCCCGUCUCGCUGAACCGCGCCGCGGUCGACGACUUCUUCUCGCUGCUAGACAACGCCAUCGUCCAGUGCUCCCGCCAGAACGUUCAGAAAUGUAAGGCUUGGAUAGUCGAGAACAUUGUGCCUUCCUCCGCGCGCUGCACAGCCUUGGGCAAGUUCUGGGCCGUCUUGUCCAAGAAUUUGGCCGUAGAGAAUGACGGGAAGCGCCCCAGCACCAAGAGACGGAGGCUGCAUCUCCUGUAUAUUGCCAAUGACGUCCUUUUCCACGAAGUUGUGCGCCAGAGCAACCGAAAGCUUGGAGAGGCGUGGGCUGGAGUCCUACCAGCAAUGAUUGGGAAUGCGGCGGCUUUCGACAACUGCCCCAAGCACAAGUCUAAGCUGAGUGAGCUGAUCAAGCUGUGGGAGGACAAGGCGUAUUUCUCCCCCGAGGUCGUUGCCCAGCUUCGCACGGCCCUGUCCAAUGGCUCUGCUGAGAUAACUGCUGUAAACCUCGAGCUCUCGGAGAGCUCACUGAAGCUCGCAAAGGAUGCGCCAUACAUUCUGCCCUCCUUCCACGGAGAUGCUUCCGUUCCUUGGUAUGAUCUUCCGGCUGGGACAUGGUUACCUCACAUCACCCCAAACUCUUCUAGGCCUAUGAUUCCUGAUCAGAUCCGCCCCAUUCAGUUGGCAGCAGGGCCUGCUGAGAAGCGAACUGUGGGUGCUGUCAAGACGCUGCUGAAAGAUGCGGAUUACAUUUACUCCAAGGAUAGCGAUCCAGGCGACGACCUCAACACUGGAUACAGCGAAAUGGGCGAGCGCAUCAUCAUAGACGAGAUCACAGGCGAGGUUAUUGGAGGAGAGAGCUACUACGGCUGGUCUCGCCAAUUCUGCGAGCGUAUGAGGGAGAGGCUGAAUAAGUCAAAGAAAGCUUCCACAGAGCGUUCGCGAUCUGCAUCAAAGUCACGGCCACGGUCAAGAUCAAGAAGCCUUUCCCAGGACCGAUCCCGAAGCUCCUCUCCGCCUUCGUUCAAACGCCCCAGGCUUUCGUCGCGUUCCAGGAGUCGCAGCCGACAACGAGGUCGGUCGUAUAGCCAUAGUCGCAGCCGCAGUCGUAGCUACAGCCGGAGCCACAGCCCUAGCCGCCCCCGAGGUCGCAGUCGUGAUCAGAGCCACGACCAUGACGGCCGAAGUCGAAGCCCAGGUGGGAGGUACGGCAACAACGAGCGGCCCGACUCGAGGUUUCGCUCGUAUGAUGAUCGGCCUCCUCAACCUCCUCAGCCUGCCUCUGUACCACAUAUGCCAUUUCCUCCUCCUCCUACCUCUAUGGGAUUCCCAUUCCCGAUUCCACCCCCUCCGCCUCCUCCCCUAGGAGGAUUUCCACAGCCGUGGACCCCUGGUACGGUACCUCCUCUACCGUUCAGUGCUCCCCAAGACGGUUGGGUGCCUCCUCCUCCUCCCCCUAAUGUGGUGGCUCACCUCAUGAAUAUGAACCAGUUCCCCGCUGGAUCCGUGCCCCAGCCGCCACAGCCACCUCAACCGCCUCUGCAUAACAAUCAUUAUGGACGCGGAAACGGCGGGUAUAGGGGUCGUGGAAGAGGUGGGUACGGCCGUGGUGGCUAUCGAGGGCAGUAUUAA